AUGGCGAGACCCCAAGAUACGGCUUUGGCCCGAUUCUAUGGCCUUCCUAAGGUGCACAAAGACGGCGCUACUCUCCGACCCAUCGUGUCGCUCAAAGGGACUCCAACGUAUGGACCGGCUAAGUGGCGGUUCCGGCAUCUCAAGUUCCUGACCGCUGAGUCAGACACCACGGUUUCUUCGUCAGCACAAUUCCUGGAGAAACCCAAAGGGGUAAGCAUCCAUCCAAAUGAGGUCAUGGUAUCUUUUGAUAUUUCAUCCCUUUUUACUUCUAUUCCCCAGGACCUGGCGAUCGAGACAAUUGAGCUGCUACUACAAAGCAAAUACGAUGAAACGCAGAACCGUCUUGGACACGCCCAAAUCCUUCAGCUCCUGAAGCUCUGUCUCAGGACGUACUUCAUGUUCGACGGGACAAUCUACGAACAGGUGAAGGGCACACCAAUGGGUUCACCGAUUUCGGGAUUCAUCGCCGAGGCGGUCCUGCAACGGUUAGAAUCGCUGGUCUUCCAACACCAUAGACCGAAAUUCCGGGCCCGGUAUGUGGAUGACACCUUCGUCGUCAUCGAACGGGAUCAGGUGUUGACAUUCCAAGAACAUCUCAACGCCGUCUUCCCGGACAUUCAAUUUACGAUAGAGGAGGAAGAGAACAACCAGCUGGCCUUCCUGGAUGUCCUCGUAUGCUUCAAAGAUUGUGGUGAACUAAAAACCAAAGUAUUCAGGAAAGCGACAAAUACGAUGCAAGUACUGAACUUCAACAGUAACCACCCAAUCAGCCACAAACGCAGUUGUGUAAGGACGCACUAUCGGCGUGUCGAAACGCACUGCAGUGAGCCGAAAGACAAAAUUGCUGAACUACAAUACCUCCGACGGGUCUUCAAAACCAAUGGCUACCCGCGCAACUUCGUCGGCCGGUGCAUACGCAAAAGGGACGGAAGGCCUAACCGCACGGACACCAAAUCUCGACGGGCACUUCCGUAUGUGAAGAACGUUUCGGAAGCUGUCAGCCGCCUUCUCGCACCACUUGGGGUUGGAGUGGCACACAGAUCGGAGGCAACCAUCAGGCGUCUGGUCAUGAAACCGAAAGACCCACUGCCACGGCUAGAAACGUCUGGAGUCGUUUAUCGGAUCUGGUGCAGUUGUGGACAAAGCAACUACGUCGGAGAAACCGGAAGACAGCUCCGAACGAGAAUGGCCGAACACGCGGCAGCGGUGCGCAGAAAUGACGCCAGCUCUCAAGUUGCGGCUCAUUCGACGAGAUCCGGCGACACAUUCAAAUUCGAUGAGGCCGAAAUUCUCGCAAGAGGUGACAACCGAGUGAGCCGGGAGCUACUGGAAUCAUGGUUUACUGGCCCCCAGUCCAUCAACAGGUGCAACGAUCUUCCCACUCAAUACUGCAUGCUAAAACUUUACCUAGGUGGAGUAACAAGCCAUGCGGGGAGCGCAGAGGUGAACACUUUUCCCAACACCGGGGUCGGUGCGUCAGAUGGUCGAGCAAUCAUCACGCCAACAUCCAACGCACGUGAUGAAAUUGCAGCAAUUAUCGACUCGAAUGUCGGCCAUCGAGCAGUGAUCACACCAAGUGCGACGAUCCCGGAUGAAGGGGGGAGCCAUGAAUGUUCAUAG